CACUGCACAUCACCCGCUACAACCAACCACCACACGCGCUCACACACACCGCCAUCCUGCGUGUGCCACACAGCUGGUUAGCUAGCUAGCUAACAUUGCUUCUUUCAAACGGGCGGCGUUGUGUUUUACAGUUUAGUUUGUUUCCCGUACUGUUAUGUGUAGACGUGACUGUCGUUGAGGUAACGGAUUAUCUGCAUCCCUCCUCGGCUGACCGGGAGCCGCCAUGGAGUGCCGUGUUCUGUCCAUACAGAGCCAUGUAGUCCGGGGAUAUGUGGGCAACAAGAGCGCCUCUUUCCCAUUACAGGUUUUAGGAUUUGAGGUGGACUCCAUCAACUCUGUCCAGUUCUCCAACCAUACAGGUUAUUCUCAUUGGAAAGGCCAGGUGUUGACAGCAGACGAGCUCCACGUUCUUUACGAGGGAAUCAAACUGAACAACGUACAUCAGUAUGACUAUGUUUUAACAGGGUAUACCAGAGACACAUCCUUCUUGGAGAUGGUAGUGGACAUUGUUCAGGAGCUAAAGAGGGCCAACCCCAACCUGGUGUAUGUAUGUGACCCCGUCCUUGGUGAUCAUGGAUCUAUGUACGUUCCUCAGAAUCUUUACCCAGUCUAUAAGAACAAGGUGGUUCCUGUUGCUGACAUUAUUACACCCAACCAGUUUGAGGCUGAAUUAUUGACAGGGAAAAACAUCAGCACAGAGAAAGAUGCCGUAGAGGUUAUGGACCUUCUCCAUGCUAUGGGCCCAGACACAGUGGUCAUCACCUCCUCUGAUUUGCCCCCCAGACUGGGAGACCGCUUCCUCGUGUCGUUGGGCAGCCAGCGCCAUGUUCGUCCCGAUGGCAGCAGGACGACACAGAGAGUUCGAAUAGAAGUUCCCAAAGUGGACGCUGUCUUUGUAGGAACUGGGGAUUUGUUUGCUGCUAUGCUGCUAGCGUGGACACACCACUAUCCUAAUGACCUAAAGACGGCCUGUGAGAAGACUUUUUCAGUGAUGCACCAUGUCAUCCAGAGGACCAUUUCGUAUGCUCACGAGUUAGCAGGUCCUGGUCGGAGGCCCAGUCCGCCCCAGCUGGAGCUGAGGAUGGUUCAAAGUAAAGCUGACAUAGAAGACCCUGCUAUAGUUACGGAGGCCACAGUCAUAUCCUAACAUUACCGACCCAUAAGACUCAUACUAACCUUGUCCUCCUCAACCAUGAAUCUCUCAAAUCCAGUAUCUCGCUAAAUCUCUCAUCACUGUAAACCUUGACUGUCAUUUCCAAACUUCAACACCUCAUUAUCCAGACUCCUUAAAACCCUUAGUAUUGUAACCCCUGUAGUCCUUUGACCCUAAACCCUUUACCCCUUUAAGUCCCCAGUGUCCUAAACCCUUAACCUGUAACUCCCACACCCUUUUACCCAAACCCUGUUUUGGAACUAGAGCCAUAGAUAGACAGAAAGUUUGGUCAGGUUGGACUGUGGCAGCCUGUGGCUGUUUCUUCUCUAACGGGGUAUGUGAGUGGACUGCACGGCUGCUUUUUAGAAAGCUGUAGGAUUAAAGUGUUUAUAAGCACAACUCAUAACAUGCCAUAUAAAGGACAUACUCGUAAUACUAACAGCCAAAAUAUGAGGGUAAUAAGGUUUAUUGGAAAACCAUGCAAAACCCAAUCAAGGUUCAGUCUACAGCGCAAUAGAGUUUUGCUGUUAAAGUCAGAUUUGGAUAAAGGUGAUGUCAUAUUUUUUAUAGCAAAGGUAGGUUUUUUUGUCAUUUGAGUAAUACUAAUUAGUCAAGCUCUUGUCAGUUCUUUGUGGUGUUCUCUAACUCUUUAGUGGGGAGUGUUGAAAAGCAGUUUUUUGCUUCCCUCUGGUUGGAAGUUUCUCUGGUUUUAAGUCUGCUUCACUUCUGUGUGGUGUGGUCAGAAGUGCUCUGUUGCACUGUUGUAACCACGCCCAGCAGUGAUGUCACUGCGUACCGACGCACCCUUGAGUACACUACACAUCAGAGAAAUUAAAACACUUAUGUCUGAUUCAGAUUACACAAUAUCAAUUCAGUUAUAGCCUGAUCUGGCUGUUGUAGGAUGUCUGCUCGGAUCGGGAACAACAAUGAGCGUCAGCCAAAUUGAUUCCAGCUGCUGAACGUUCUCCAAAACACUACCUCUAAAUUAUUAAAUACAACCUUGCCUACUUUAUUGCUCUAUUACUGCCACACCACUUAACUUUUAUUUUGACAGAGUUGCACUCUAGCUGUGGUCCUCCACACCAGUUGCCAAGUAGCAGGAUUGCAGCACUAACAUUGGUGUUACUGUAAGACUAUAAUGAUCAAACUCUAUGUAUCUAUGGCUCUGCCCACCACUAGUUUGACCCCUACCCCGUCUUACAGCAGUGAUGUAAUGGUGACCAAGUCUAACCCCAUGAGACCCCUUGAAAAUAUAACAAAGAAAAAAAAAACGCACAAUGUAUAGUUGAUGUAUAGAUGUUGUACUAUAACUGUAUUGGACCAUCUGUAUGAUAUCUUCUAUCUGAUCUGUCUAUUGGACCAUUGUGUUGAUGCUACUGUACUAUAGACCACACGCACUACAAUAUCACCCAAACCAGAGACAUUUGGGCUGGUUCUGGCACUCCUGGGGGCUCCAGCGGCUCCAGUCGUUGUCACUUGUUAGUAAUAGGUAACUGUCUAAUAGUCAUAGUAUAUAGUUGAACCUCCUUCAUCUCAACAUAAAGAAAAAUUGACAACUGGAGCUGUCUGAGCCGUCCCUGGCCAGUUUUACUUGUGCUAGACCAAUCAAAAAAUUUGGCUACCUCAGUGCCAGAACCAACCCACAUCAUUGCCGGGCGGUUCCCGGCCCAGCUCUGGCCCAGAACCCUAUAUCUGAGAGUUGUGCCACUGAAUUUACUGGAGGCCUCGAUAAGUUGUAAAAGGAGACCCUCCUCAUUGAAGCAGGAGACUCCGCCCUCCUCCACGUCCAAUAGCAGCUCUGUUAGUUUUAGAAAACAUCUUUUUGGUUCACUUCACUCUCCACUGUGGUUCAACAGAAGAUUUUAAUAUGAUGCCAAGAGUUUAAUGUUUAUAUUUUAAUAUAAGAUUGGAGAUGUGCAGCACUGUCUGGGUAAACUAAUGUUUGAGAUGACUGUUGCCCUGUUAGCAAAGCUAUAACUAACAAUUGUUUUUAUUAUUGUCUUAUCUGAGGAGAGAAUUCCUGUACACUCACUGUCCUAUUACUUGCAAUUACCUUUAUUUAAAUACGCAACACUUAAGCGCUCAGACUUUCAUCAUGCAAAGUGAAGAAACAAAGUACAUUCCCAAACACGUAUGCUCUGUGUUCCUUUACUUUACCUGAUACAGAAGCAUUGUGUUUUUAAAUAGAGUUUAUUGCAAGUAAUAGGACAGUGUGUGGGAAUUCUCUUCUCUUACCUAUGGACAUUUUACUCUUACACAUCUGUCUACAAGUUAUUGAAGGUGUGAAUGAGCCUCCAUGUUCUACUUUUUGUCUAUAAAAUUACAUAAAUUUGUCACUAUUUAGCAGAGGGCAAGGUGACUUCUCCAGCCAAUUAUCCAACACCAAAAAUCUUUUGGUUUUGGACAAAAGCAAAUAUCAUUUGGCAAAAGACACUCAGUUUACAUUGCUGUAAAACAGCAAAUCUUCACAUUUGAGAAGCUGAAACCAACACAUAUUUGACAUUUUUGCAUGACAAUGUUUCAAUUGAUUAUCAAAAGUGUUUACGAGCGAAGCUGUUGCAUGUUUGACAUGACUGUUAGCACGCUGUUAAAGCACUGGAUAUAUGAGCUCUAACUUAUUAAGUUUGCGAUCUAGCCUGUCUUACCCCAGAAAAUCUUUUUACCAUAACUAAAAUUUUGAUUUCAGAAAAUCACAUUUUACACACAACACUCUGUUUGCUGGCUCACUCAGUAGCUAACUUUGCUACCUUGAAGCAAUAAUUUUGACUCCUCCAAGCUUGUUGGCAGAUUUGAUUUUACAGUCAGUCUAAAGUCAUGUGAGGAAAUGAGGCUACUUGUAGUUCAAUUAAUGCUAAAUUCUAAAUGGCUACCAUGGCAUUGCAUUUUUUAUCAGGCAUCAAAAUGUUCUGUUGUCCACAGUGGAGUGAAUAGAUAGUAAUGAGGUGAGAAGAACAUGACAUGCGACAGUGGUCAUGAGCUGGUUUCAAACCAGUGAUGUCGCAAGAACUCGGCACGUGCCUUAGCCCGAUGAGCUACCAGGGCGCCACAGGAGAUGAGAUUUUAAUGAGAUUUUAACUUUUUUUUAAGCUUUUUUCCCCCUCUUUGUUUCCUGCUUUGAAUGUUCAGUAAUAUUUAAAAAACAGGAAACAGCUAAAAUUUUAACUUUUCUUGGCAACAACAUACACUUUUGGAAAGUAUAAAUCAAAUAACCAGAGGCUGGAAAAAAUAAAUAAAUACAUAAAUCCAGAUGUCAUCAGUGUCCCACCUGAGCUGGAUGUAAGGUUCUGGGCAGGCCAGUGUAAUUCUGUACUGCUGUUGUUUCUCUAUGGACUGUACUGUGAUACUGCCUUAGGAACCUAACAUCAUAACACCACAAUACUGCUCACUGAGGGAGAGGUGGAGAGGGGGAGGAGGAAGGAAACAUGAGAUGUCUUAAAUGUAGGUACUUUUGACUGCAAAUUUCUGUUCUACAGUGCACCUGAAAUCAGGAAGAAUUGAGAUUGCAUAUGCUAAAAUUUUCUGUUUAAAGCUAUAUAUAAAAACAUUUUUAAGGCUGCAAGUAAUAUUUUCAAUUAACUAAUGAAUCAUUUGGUUUAUAAAAUGACUGAAAAGUUACUUCAAAUUGCCUCUUUUUUUUUCAACUAACAAUUCAAAAUCAAAAGAUACUGAAUUUGCAAUAAUAUAAAACAGAGAAAGAAUAUUACUGUUUAAAUUAUCCAAUCAGUAAUAUUAAUUUUAUGUGGAACAGCUUAUUCUUCAUUUCAGCACCCAAAUUUUCCGCAUCUUGACUUUAUAGACUCAAAGGUGAUCUGAAAACACU